AUGUCGGGCCAACCAGAAGGAGUGGUCUGGUUUACCAAAAAGCUUUUCUCUGUUUGGUGGGACUCAAUGCUACAUAUUAGCGAUGAGGAUCGUAUGAAAGAGCUCAAGCGAGAAGGGGAGGACUUUUAUAGGUUUCUUUGGGUUGACAUCACAGUCAACGCGAAAGUCGAAGACAAAGACAAGCCAAAGAAGAAGCACCCGCGCACUGAAUUUGCUGUCGGAGGGGCGACGGCAAGCUACGACAAAAUCUCAGCUCUAUGGAAAUAUGUUCGCGCAGCCGGAACAGGCAUAUUUGGUACACUUCCCCAUGCCGACUCCCGAGGAGCGAUUCCUGUGGCUGGACCUCACCUAUGCAAUUCGUGGGUAUACCUCCCACAGUGUUGGAACUGCCCGUGGCCGUACGAAGAUUUGGUCCAGCUGACCCGACUGGAUUUCAAACAUCGAUUUGUUCAGAUUCCGUUCGCCAUCCCGUACAACUCAAAGCUUUAUCCCCAGCCGGAAAGAGAUCUUUUGCCGGAGCAAAUUGACAGAGCUGGGCUCGAGAUCAUGCCGGAAAAGACCAUCGUGGACAACGUACUGCAUCCGAUCUUGCAAACACGAACCCGGUUCACGAAGAAGAUACUUGGUGAGAAGGCGACUAAUUCGGAUGGGGAGCCUUCUCACGAGGCUCUUUUCCAAGGCUCAGACGCAGAAACAAAACGAGCCAAGGACGAUCUCCGCAAAUGGCUGGAUAGCUGCAAAAGCAAAGGUCCACAAGAUCAAUUGGCCAAGGCCAGAGACCUCGAUGCAUUAGCCAAGAAGUACAAUGUUGAUCGCAAUCCUAAAUACUAUCGUGCGGAGGUCGACCAAGAAGAUCUCAGCAAAAGCCCCAGCGGCACAUUCCAGGAAUCUCUGAAAAAAUGGAUGUUGGAUUUCUGGGCUGAAAACCGGCCACAUCUCUUUAGAACUCAGAAACAUGCAGCCUCCGCCGCGCUAGUCGCAGAGAAAUGGUCGCAGGAGAUAGCUGAAAAGCCUGAGUUCAAAAAUCUUACUGUUCAAAGUCUUUUGGAACAAAGAGACACUGGAGAACGUGAGAGAUUAGUCAAGGCGCUCUUCGACGCGAUCAAUGCCGGGCCCACGGGUUGGAAGGUCAUUCCCAAGCCCAAACUCAGUCCUGUGGAUUCUUUCAGUGCUGCCAUCACAGAGAUGAGAGCUUUCUUGAAACUUGACUUUGGGGACGUCUUCGAAUUCAACCUGGGAAAAUGGGUGCUGAAAAUGGCAGACUGGAAUCAGUUUGGUAAAUGGAUAUACCCAGACUGCCCGGUGCAGCCCAAAGACGACGAGUUGGUUGGUCUGCCAAAGUACACCCCAUGGCCUUGGUAUCAGCGACGGACAUUGCUCUCCUCUCCUGGCGGUCAGCCUGAUAGUAUUGUGACCGGCCACAUUGACUUCACCACGAACCCUACCUUUGGCCUGGGUCUUGCCCAUGCGGACGUGACGCUCCGACUGGACGUUACUGAAUUGAUGUGCAUUCUGCCUAUGCCAGGGGAGGUAUACACCCGUCAAGGGGAAGAAGAAGUUGGGUACCAGAAUGUCUCUGCAAAAGGCGAGAAAGGACGACCAAUUGACUUUUACAGUCGUGACCUUGUUCUCGCCUUUCCCGCUAGGGAGGUGAAGACCAGCUCUGCGACAAAGGACAUGACACCAGGUCAUGGAGUUAUCACUUACAAUGGCAAGAAUUUCCCUGAUAUCAUCAAGCGCGAGUACGGCUUGGUCAUGAACUACAAUAUCACCGAGUCGACCCCAUGGGAGAAACAACUUGCGCUUUUCAUGUUUCAGAUCCUGGCCGUCGCAGCGGAUGCUAUUCCCGUCGUGGGACCUCUCGUUUCAUUUAUCAUCUACAUGGGAGUACGAGAACUCGAGCCCGCCAGUGUUUGCGUUGCUGUAUUCUCAGAGAAGUCAUGUGGCGAAGUACAAGACGAAGGUAGCGCCGAAGUUCAAUUUCAAAUUGACCCUCUGAGCGCGGCUACAGGCACAAAUUGA